CGCCGCCGCCGCCGCCUGGUGCGUCGAUAUGAAACCGGCGACAGCAAACGGAUCCAGAUUCGGAUCCGACUCGGGGCCUAUCGCCGGCGACACCCGUGAUUGGUCCCGCUUGCCGGAGGACCUGCUGGUCAGCGUCCUGCGGGCGCUGCACGUCGACGAUGCCGUCCGCUCCGGCGCCGUCUGCGCCUCCUGGAACUCGGCGUACGCCGCGUUCCGACGGCUCCGCGUCCCGUCGCCGAAGCAGCCCCCCUGCCUGCUCUACGCGCCCGACGCCCUCAGCCCCGGCGCCGCCGCGCUCCACUGCCCGUCCACCGGCGCCACGCUGCGGAUCCCCUCCCCGCGGGCCCCGCUCGCCCGCCGGCCCCUGCUGGGCUCCGGCCACGGCUGGCUCGUCACCGCCGACGAGGCCUCCAACCUGCACCUUCUCAACCCCGUCACCGGCGCCCAGGUCGCGCUCCCGCCCAUCACCGCGCUCCACCACGUCGAGAGCGGCACGGACGAGGAUGGCGACCCCGCGUACCUCGUCUACGAGAACCUGUUGGAGUACAAUUACAUCACGCACCGGGGCGAGGUGAACACCAAGCCGACCAUCCUGGAGAUGGACGACGCGUACGAGUGCAUGUACUUCCGCGUCGUGCUGUCGGCCGGCCCAUCCGCCGGGCGCGGCUGCGUCGUGCUGCUGCUGCACAUGCCGCUGGGAGAGGUCUCCUUCGCCAGGCUCGGCGACGACCGGUGGACUUGGGUCGCACCGGGAGACGACGACACGGGUCUCCCGUGGAGGUACGGCUACCGGGACGCCAUGUACAGUGCCGCCGAUGGCUUGUUCUACCUGCUCGGUUUAGACGCCUCCAUGUGCAGCUUGGACCUUAACGGGCCUUCGCCGGUGGCACGUAAGAUCCUCGACAGCGUGCCGAAAUCUGCCGAUGCGAGCAAAUACCUCGUUCAGACACCGGCCGGUGACAUCUUGCAGGUUUGGAGGUCCAGGGAAGAAGUCGACUCGGAAAUACCGGCAGAGUAUCCACCGGACUACGUGGUGGACGAAAGCAUAGGGGGUCCGGACCCAUGUUUGGAGCUCAACACCAUUGAGAUGCAGCUGUACAAGGUUGACCUCCAUGGACGCAGGGUGGAGCUGAUCAAGAGCCUGCCGGAGUAUGCAUUGUUUCUUGGCUACAAUGGUUCUAUGUGUCUACCGGUGAAGGAUUUCCCUGGGUUAAAGCCGAAUUGUGCCUACAUGACUGACGACUCCAUGGAGUAUAUUAAUUUCUGGAAGCAUAACCGGAGAGAAAUUGGUAUUUGGAGUUUGGCAGAGCGAAGCAUGUCGAAGCUUGUUGAUGUCUCACAGACUAUUUAUCCUUGGCUGAAUUGGCCAUCUCCUAUCUGGAUUCAACCAUCCUUUUUCUAGCUAGUGGAGGAUGCUUGCAGAAGCUGUUGUACUUUUGUUAUUCAGAAUAAUUGCUUCUUUUUAUCUGGACAACUGCUAUUAGUGACUUCUAUAUUCAAAAUAGUUGUGACCAUUAAUCUUAGAUGUAUUCUCUAGGUAACUUUGAUUGGUAAAUUAAUAAGUCGAUUUAGUUUGCCAUACCAAAUAGUUGUAUUAUGACAUCUAGGUAUUAGGUGUUCUGUGGCACCUUCUCUGUCGGAUGGAUCCUCUCGAGCUAAGGAUUGGAUUAGCCUGC